CUUGUCCACCAGGAACAUACAAGCCUGAAGGUUCACCAGGUGGAAUCAGCACUUGCACCUCAUGUCCUGAUGAGAAUCAUACUUCUCCACCAGGAAGUACCACCAUUGAGGAUUGUACGUGCCGGGAGGGAUAUCGUGCUGUAGGACAAACCUGUGAAGUUGUUCACUGCCCUGAACUGAAGCCCCCUGAAAAUGGUUACUUUGUCCAGAAUGUCUGCAACAAUUACUUUAAUGCUGCCUGUGGGAUCCGAUGCAAAGCAGGAUUUGAUCUUGUGGGAAGCAGCAUCCGGCUUUGUCAGCCAAAUGGCCAAUGGUCUGGAUCAGAGGCUACUUGCAGAGUUCGAACAUGUCCCAAACUUCGGGCUCCUGAAAACGGACACAUUAAUUGUUCAACGGCUGAUAUCUCCUAUAAGACAGUAUGUUUUGUGACCUGCAAUGAUGGCUAUGAAAUAGAAGGAAACAACAAACUCACCUGCCAGGGGACCUCACAGUGGGAUUCAAAGGAGCCGAAGUGUGUGGAAAUGCGUUGCCCUAUCCUCCAGAAACCAGCAGGUGUAACAGUUCUCCCUCCCAGAUGUGGGCUGGAGCCUGCCGUUUCUGGCACUGUGUGCCAGCUGAGCUGUCCCCAAGGAUUCAUCUUGUCUGGAGCUAGAGAAGAACUAAGGUGCAUUUCAUUUGGGAGAUGGAGUGCAAACAUCCAGGAGGCUCUGUGUAAAGAUAUUGAAGCUCCUCGGAUCCAGUGUCCAGAAAAUAUUGAGACUGAGACUCUGGAACACCAUGACUCUGCUAAUAUCAGCUGGCAGGUACCAACAGCUGAAGACAAUUCUGGAGAUGAGGUCUCAGUUCACGUUACCCCAGCUUUCAUACCACCAUUUCUUCUCCCAAUUGGCGAAGUUGCCAUUACUUACACAGCGGCUGAUAAGUCGGGUAAUGAGGCAAGCUGUACGUUCAGUGUCAAGGUUAUUGAUGCAGAACCUCCGGUAAUUGACAGAUGCAGAUCUCCACCGCCCAUGCAAGCAGUAGAUAAUGAGUACCCAGCGACAUGGGAAGAACCGCAAUUUUCAGACAAUUCAGGUGCUCCGCUGACUGUCACUAGGAGUCAUGCACCUGGAUAUCACUUCCCUAAAGGAGACACAACAGUUCAAUACACAGCCGUGGAUCCCUCUGGCAAUAACAGGACAUGUGAGAUCCACAUUGUUAUCAAAG